AGAAGUGCAUGAGUACUGGCAGUGACUACAACUAACUAAUCAACAAAUAACUCUAAAAUUUUCACUAUUUACGACAAUUGUGACGUUAAAAUCAAAGUGGAAUAAUACUCAACAAUAAACAUAAAAGGCAUAUUCUGCUUUUAUAAAACAUUUGUUUACAUUAUCGUGAAAAAAAAAAGAAAAAGCCGGUGGAUUUUGUUUAUUAUUCUGGCGGAAAAAAAUGUACAUUGUAUUUUUCUAUAAUAAAUAUGAAAAUUCGAAUUUCAUGAUAAGAAUAAUUGAAGUUCAUCGAUAAAUAUUGACACAAAUAAAAAUAUAAGAGGAAGGUCAAAGUUGAAGGAUAUAAAUUUGGAAGAACAAAAUUCCAGGUACGAUAUUAUUUAUAUUAUUUGUUUUGUUCAAAAAAGUGUGUUGAUCAAUUGUAUUGUAUCUUCCUUUUUAACUUUUUAAUCUUGAUAAACAGAGAGGAGAAAAAGAGACUGUGUAUAAGAUUUUUAAAUGAAAUACAAAUUUUUUUUUUGAUCAAUAAGCAAGCGGGUUGUCUUUAUAAAUCAGAUUGUUGACUUAGGGGGAAAAAAGUUUAUUUAUUAUUAGGGAAGAAGAGAAAAAUUAUAAAAAAUAUCAUUUCCUUUUAAUAUAAUAAUAUUUAAUCUUUUUAUAAAAUUCUAUCAUUUAUUUCUUUAAAGCAAACAUCUACAAACAUACUUGAAUAAACGUGUAUAUCAUUACAAAUACACAUAUACACACGCACACACAAACUGUAUAUAUACAGUAUAUGUAGAUUGAUUAAAUUUACUAAUUAUCACUCUGGUAUAAUAAUCCUAAUAUUUCAAAUCAAUAAUAUCUAGGUCAAGGCUUUUACUAUCGAUUUGCUGCAUCCUCUAGGGUCUACUAUGGAUGAAAAGUUCACAAAAAGGGAAAACAAUGAUAAUCGUGACAAAGGUUGGGCUUGGAUGGUUGUUCUCGGAGCUGGCAUCGUCUGGUUUGUUAUGGGUGGUAAUGUUAAAUCGUUUACGAUUCUUUAUGAAAAAUUUAAGGAGCGAUACGAAGUUCAAGAUACGCAAUCUAGUUGGAUAGUAACGUUAAACGGUUGCUUUAAGAUGAUGACAGGUCCUAUUGCCGCUUACCUUUGUAAACGUUUCAAUUGUCGAACCGUCGUUAUGAGUGGAGCAUUGAUAUCUUGUAUUGGACACAUUCUUACUGCUUAUCCACCAAUUGCUUCAAUAUAUUUUUUAUAUGCCUCAUAUGGAUGUAUUGCGGGUUUUGGGUCCAGCUUAAUAAUAACGCCCACACUUAUUAUUAUACCACACUACUUUUGCCGUUAUCAGGGACGAGCUAUGGCUAUAGCCCUUGCCGGUGGAAGUUUAGGAUCCUUGGCAAUGGCUCCCCUGCUAACUUUUAGCUUUGAGAAGUUAGCUUACUCUGGUAUGAUACUUAUCUCAGCCGGAUUAGUUUUGCAGUGCUGCAUCUCUGCUGCCCUAUACCGUCCUGUUAGGCUAACAAAAGCCCAUGAACUUGCCAAUUCACACACACUUGUUAUGUCUACUAUAGAUAAUGGAGAGUUGGAUUCUGAGGAAAGAAUGAAAAGAUUUACAAACGGAAAAGCUUCUCUAAUAAGGAGUAGAACAGUUAAUGAUGUUAAUGAAUCUGUAAUGCAAAUUAGGGAAGAAAAUCAUAAUAAUGGAGACGCUGUAACAUCUCCUUCUGAUGAACUACUGGUCAAAAAAUCGAAAUCAUUCAAUGUAAAAGCUAAAAUAUUAUCGAUUAUAGAUCUGACUUUACUCAGAGAUCCAACUACCGUUGCCUUUUGCUUUCUAAUGCUCGUCACCUUUUCCACGUUCAAUGUUGUUACAACCUACCUUGGAGGAUUAUGCUUAGAAAGAAAAUUAACUAAUUAUGAUCUAUGGUUAAUUCUUAGUAUAUCGUCAGUAUUUGAAGUAUUUGGCAGGAUAUCCUUAGGAUUAAUAUUCGAUUAUAAGAAAGUACGACCUGUUAGAAUACAACUGUUAGGCAUAGUUGGACUAGUUUUUGGACUAGUUGUAACUAACGUUCCAAACAGUAUUGGACCAGGUGGAAUUUAUUCUAUAUUUAUGGCUAGCGCCAUGUUCGGUAGUGCUUUCUACAGUCAACACGCAUCAAUCUUAUCGGAUUUGGUGAAAAGUAGACAAGUUGAAGAUGCCUUUGGUUUAGUUAGAUUCUUUCAGGGUAUAGGAAUAUGUAUCGGUCCAACAGUUGGGGGAUAUUUACACGAUAGAAGUGGUAACUAUGAUAAGACAUUCUAUUUUGCCGGUAUUUCGAUGUCAAUAACAUCCUUCAUAUUUAUUAUUGUAUCACUGGUUUGUCUUCGACAUACAAUAGGAAUCAAUUUGAAAAAUGCUUGGCGAAUGGAGAAAAUCUAA